AUGGGACAAAACAAUCAACAAUUUUCAUCAUUAAAUAACAAUAACACCAAUCAUCAAAAUUCGCACAAUACCCAUUCCAAUCCAUUUACAGAACGCAUUUCUGAAAUUAAGAAUCGUUUGAAUGAUUUCAAUGAUGAAUCCUUGGACAAUAUUCUAAAGGCUCAACAACAUCCAUAUGAUGGAACUCGGAUCCGGGGAUAUGAAAAUUCCAAUAACAACCAGGAUCAUCAUCAUUUCCUUGUUCCAAAUCAUGACGAUAAAGUAUCAACUCAAAACUCUUCGGAACUCGUCGUUCAUCAUCUCAUUUUCGAUACGGAUAUUGCGUCGGAUAUUGAUGAUUCAUUGGCUCUUCUUUCAUUAUUGCAUUUACCUCGAGAAUGUGUUCGUAUUGUUGGAGUUACUACAGUGUAUGGACAUGUUGAAAUUCGAUCCGCAGUCUCUCGAAAAAUCAUUCAAGCUCAUGAACAGGAUUUGAAUUUCAAGUUGGACAUUCCAGUCGUAACAGGUUCUAAUUAUCCAAUGAAUGAACCUGUUGUGUUACCUUGUUGGCAUUCUGAAACCGAAGGAAUUGGUUUAUUCUCAGAUGAUGAAAUUCAAGAAUUGAAAAAUCAACGCAAUUGUUUUCUCGAUCGUCAUGAAUUGGAAAAAGUCUAUUCGAAACAAGCAGCUGAAUUUAUUGUGGAAAAGGCACAAGAAUUGAAUGGAAAUUUAACCAUUGUGUCAUUGGGAGGAUUGACCAAUGUAGCAAUGGCUCUGAAACUGAAUCCUCAUUUACCCGAGCUUGUGAACAAGUUGGUCUAUAUGGGAGGUGGUGUUGUUCCUGUGGAUCAUGAUCUUCCUCAAAUCUUUGAAAGAGGAAAAGAAUAUCAUUGUCAUUCAUGUCACAAUAUAAGACAAGACCAAUAUGCAGCAGCAAUGGUUUUCUCAGCUGGAUUUAACUUCUUCUGUGUGGGUCACACCGUAACUCAUAGUAUUUGGUUUGAGGGUCCAAUCGUCGAUGAAAUGAGAAGUCUUUCGUUUCAUAGAGGAUCAAAUCCCUACGCCAACGAUCAAAUCAUUGAGGAAUAUCAACCUAAUUAUUUACGAGCGAGUCACGUGGUUGGCACGUUAUUGGAUGUUUGGCUUAAACAUCGAACAUGUGUUUUUCACACACCCAUAAAGGGAACUUGUCCUCAUGAUGCUCUGACAACGUACGAAGCCAUCUUUACAGAACGAUUUUUAAAUUAUGUGAGAGGACAUUUUGUGGUCAAUGAACAAGAUGGUCGAACUUGUUUCUUGUAUGAUCCCAAUGGAAAUGCUCAUAUUGCUAUUUCAUGGAAGGAUGGAAUGGUGGAUCACAUGAUGGAUUUAUUACAGGAAACCAUGUUCAAGUCAUUGAAUUCGAUGGAUGAUUUAAAGAAAUUUGGACUGUAA